CGGCAAGUCACAGCACGCCUAUUUAACCCGUUAGCUGUCCUUUUCCCCAUCCCCUUCCUCCCUCGACCACCAGCCUCUACCACAAACGAUGUCCUCCGCUCGUACUCGCGUCCUUCAACAACACGACAGCGACGUUGUCAUCGUCGCUGCUGUCCGUUCAGCCAUCACAAAGGCCAGAAAGGGCGGUUUCAAAGACACUCGACCAGAAGAGAUGUUGAUGCAUGUUCUCAAACAUGUUUAUACAUCCGUCAACCUCGACCCUAAACUUAUCGAAGACAUCGUCGUCGGAAACGUGUUACCUCCCUCUGGAGGUGCAGGUUCUGCUAGGAUGGCAGCACUCGCUGCUGGCAUUCCGAAUACGACAGCGAUUAAUACGGUCAACAGGCAGUGUUCUAGUGGGCUCUCUGCCGUUAAUCAGAUCGCGAAUGAGAUAUUGACUGGGCAGAUUGAUAUCGGAAUCGGCGCUGGAGUGGAGUCAAUGACAUUUGGCUAUGGCCCAUCCGCUCAAGUAGACGGUCACUCUGAGGAUGUUCUCAAGAACCAAGAAGCAGAAGACUGUCUCCUCCCCAUGGGCAUUACCUCUGAAAACGUCGCCUCAGAUUACUCCGUCUCCCGCUCCAAACAAGACGCAUUCGCAGCCCUAUCCUUCCAAAAGGCCGCUAAAGCGCAAAAGGCCAACAAAUUCAACGGCGAAAUCCUCCCUAUCAAAGCUAAGUGGAUCGACCCAAAAACCGAAGCGGAACGACAUCUCGUCAUUGACAAGGACGACGGUGUGAGGGAUGGCGUUACGAAGGAGAGUUUGGCCAAGUUGAAACCUGCGUUUGCCAAGGAUGGGACGACGCAUGCGGGUAAUGCCAGUCAGGUUUCGGAUGGGGCUGCUGCUGUGUUGUUGGCGAGGAGAGAUGUGGCGAAGAGGCUUGGGUUACCGAUUGUGGGCAAGUUUGUGGCUGCUCAGGUGGUGGGUGUGCCUCCUAGGGUCAUGGGUGUUGGUCCUGCGUAUGCUAUUCCCAAGGUCCUCGAGAAGACUGGGUUGAAGAUGUCGGAUAUUGAUUUCUUUGAGAUCAAUGAAGCGUUUGCUAGUCAAGCCCUGUACUCUGUCGAGAAGCUUGGUAUCCCUUGGGAAGAUGACAAUGAGAAGGCGAAGGUUAACCGUUGGGGAGGUGCUAUUGCCCUUGGCCACCCGCUUGGAUGUACCGGUGCUCGACAAAUCGCGACUGGGUUUAACAUUGCAAAGACGGACGGUGACAAGGUGUUUGUGACUAGUAUGUGUAUAGGGACUGGUAUGGGUAUGGCUGCUGUUUUUGUUAAUGAGCAGUAAAGCUCUAUGUAUUGUACGGCCACUGGAAGGAUAUCUUUAUCGUCGUUAUUCUGUAUUUUUCCUUUUUUUUUUACAUUCCCAUGCUGUAGGUAUAAUGCAACCUCGUUAAAUGAACCUAUCGUGAAAGUGCAAGGCAGACACCAUCAAACGCUCUCCCCGCAGUGCCCUUCAUAAAACCCCUCCAAGAUCGCCGCAACACCC